AUGGCCGUGCUCUACUGCCGGCUGUGCCGCCGCAGCGCCUUCACGGGCCGCCGGCACCUGUACAGCACGGGGCAUCGCCGGCGGCUGCGGGAGGCGCUGGCUCAGCUGCCCGAGCACCGCCGGGAGACGGCGCGGUUCUGGCGGGAGAACCGGGCGGAGGCCGUGCUGCGGGAGCGGUGCCUGGUGCCGGCCGAGGAGUACGAGCGCUUCGCGCAGGCUCUGGAGCGGGCGCUGGCCGAGCACCAGCGGCAGGAGGAGGAGCGCAUCCUCCAGAUGGCGGCUGACAUCCGGGAGGCCGAGCGCCGGCAGAGAGAGACGGUGCAAGCGGCGCUCCAGCUUCAACCAGAGCCAGAACUUUGUGCAGGACCUUCUGUCUGCAGGCUCCCCGCAGGACCUGAACGGGACAGCCCUUGUGCUGCAGAAGAGCCUGGCCCAAGCAGAAUGCAGACAGGACCUGAUUUAGCCUGGAUGGAAUCAGGCAAGGUUCUGACCUUCAUUGGCCACCAGGAAACAGAAGGGAAAGGAAAUGUCCACACAGGAGCAAAACCUCCAUGGCUAACAGAGGAAGAAGAUGGAAGUAAACAACAAAUUGGACCUUCCUAUGAGGAAUUUCUCAAACACAAGGAGAAACAGAAGCUGAAAAAGCUCCCAGUGGAACGCGUUGGUGCCAACUUUGACCAUACCUGUCAGACAAGUGACAGCUGGCUCCCUUCCUUUGGCCGUGUAUGGAAUCAUGGCAGGAGGUGGCAGUCCCGGCAUCAGUUUAGAACUGAAUCAGGUGAAAAGAAGAAAAAAAGUUGAUGAGAAACACCAGACACCCAGCUCUGUGGAAAGACUGUAUGUAGCUGCAGUUUUUUGCUGACUGCCCUUGCCCUGUAAGGACACACAGUGUCCAUCUGAGCAUCACAUCUAAAGCCACACAAGGUCAGGUCCUGCCAGCAAGGACAGGCUCCUGUGGAUGCUGUAUCUUCCCUAUGAGAAAGCCUGCUCUGUACAGCAAGUGAUGCCAGUGGCCCAUGCUGACAUGGAAUACCCCAUUAAAGAAAGAAUUUUUGGAGAAAUAAACUUUUUUUUUCAAA